AUGGCGAACGGCGAGCAUGAUGUGAGACGGCGCGACAUCUCCCGCCAACACUACAUGACACACUGGACACUUGACACACUGUAUACACUUCACACGCUGUUUUUCUACGAGUGGCCGCGAUCCGCGGAGAUUACCAAAACAAAUAGCAGAGCGAGGUUGCAGCGAGACUGUGGCACUUUUUGCGAGCAAGAGCCUCCGCCAUAUAAGUCGCAGAACUGGUCGCGAGGGGGGCGGAGAGCAGGACCGGUCCGACCGGCGAGCGUCUGCGCCCGCGCCGAAAUACACGCGCGGCCUGAUGUGGCGCGUUCCAAUACACCUACUAGCUAUCUAUACGAACAGCCUCCGUUCAUUGUUAGCGAGAUGUCGCGUGGAUAA